AUGGCGUCUCGUGUGACUGAGGUCGCUGCGCGACUUUAUGACGCCUGUGUGGAGAGAUUUGAUGUCGACCAUCUCUUUUACCAGCAGGACCUUCUCGGUCUCGAUGUGAUCCCCAAGGCCGAAAUUGACUUGCUGCUGAAAUGCACUCAAGCCCUCGUCGAUCAAAAGUUGUUUCGACUCCACCAAGGCGCAAACAACCGCCUCGCGUGGAAGAUUAUAUCUCGUGAUGAUGCUGAAAAACUCCAGAAUCUCAACCCCGACGAGAGCUUGGUAUACAACGUCAUUCAUUCGAGCGGCCGAUCAGGCGUCUGGAUUCGGAACAUCAUAAGUCGAACGAAUUUGCAUAAGUCCAUCCUCGAUCGCUGUGUCAAAUCGCUGGAAAGCAAGAAUUAUAUUAAAAGCGUGCACAAUGUCAAAUACCCGACGCGGAAGAUGUACAUGCUUGCGGGCCUGGCCCCGAGCGAGGACAUCACUGGAGGUGCUUGGUUCACGGAUGGUGUUCUCGACGCCAACUUCAUCAACAGCGUGGCGGGAUACAUUGAGUACACUGUCAGUCGGCGCAGCUGGUAUGAGGUACCCGCUACCGAUCGUGGUCGGAACAAGCGGCUCAAGACGGCCUCUGGCAAAGCGGAGGUGAAGUUGGAGUCAGAGAAGGUUUAUCUGCCCUACCCGGCAAACUAUUCCGGCUACCCGACCGUUGACAUGAUCACCAACGCCGUCAACCAGAGUGGCAUCACACCUGUGCGUCUAGGUGAAGAGAGCAUCGUCCAGCUCCUUCAAAUGCUCUGCUUCGAUCGGAAACUUGUCGCUCUCAACAACGGAAAUAACUACAAGUCCCUCAAGAACCCUGAAGUUGUUAAAGCCAGUCAGUCCAGGAAGCCGGCUGCCGAAGAGGAGGCUGGUGGUCCCAUCCUCGGUAUGGGCAAAAAUGGAAUGACCGAGGCACCAUGCGGAUCUUGCCCAAACAUCAAACUUUGUUCUCCUGGUGCUGCAAUCAGCCCGGAGACCUGUGAGUAUUUCGAUCCAUGGUACGAGAAGGUCCUUGGCUUCUGA